AUGGGUAGCAUCAACAAGACCCCUGCGAUGGUAGACUUAUCUCACCACAUCAAUGCCAAGAGCAAAGCUCGGCAUCCUUCGCCGUUGAAAGACAUCAUCAAGUUUAUGGGAGUUGACGGCAUGAUCAGCUUUGCUGGAGGCCUACCUCACUCAUCUUUGUUCCCGCUUGAGCAAGCCAAAUUCGACUGUCUGAAUCCAGGAGCGUCCUUGUCCGGGGAUCGCCAAGUUGGAGCUGAGAAUCCAGAUAUUCUCAGCAUCACCCUCGGUCGUGCGCAGACUCCGGGAGAUCUAGAUCUCACUCCAUUUUUGCAGUACGGCUCCGGAGCGGGAAAUGCUCAGCUGAUUCAACUUGCCAAGGAAUUGACUGAGAAGGUGCAUGCGCCUCCGUGCGAUUACGAGUGUCUAUUGCAUCCUGGCAAUACAAAUGCCUGGGCCAAGGUGGUGGAGCUUCUCUGUGAAGAUGAUGACUUCGUCAUCGUAGAGGAGUACACAUACCCUUCGGCGCAGGCGCUCUGGAUUCCGCUUGGAGUCAAGGCAGUUCCCGUUCCAGCGGAUGCCGAAGGAAUAUUGGCGAAAGAUCUCAGAGCCAUAAUGCAGAACUGGGAUCAGAAGGAAAGAGGCAGUCGAAGACCGAGAGUACUUUACCUGGUCUCUGUAGGAUCAAACCCUACCGGCCUUACAAUUUCAACACAAAGACGAAGGGAAAUCUACGAUAUCUGUGUUGAGUUUGAUAUCAUAAUCGUUGAAGACGAUCCCUACUACUUCCUCCAAUUCCCUGGAUAUCUCACCCCAAAAGAGCCCGAAUUUCGACCAAAACCAACAAAGCAAUUCCUUGAGUCUUUGGUACCGACUUUUCUAUCUAUGGACACCCAGGGUCGAGUGAUUCGCCUCGAGUCUUUUUCGAAAACCAUCUUUCCCGGGCUGCGCAUGGGCUACUUCGUAGCCAACCCAGCCUUCACAGAACGACUUCUCCGAGCCACCGAGGUCGAGACCCAAGACCCCGCAGGUCUCAGUCAGGCUUUGGUGCUGAGCUUGCUUCGUCGCUGGGGCAUCGAUGGUUACCUGACCUGGCUCCAGAACCUGCAGUUCCAAUACCGCGAAAGAAGAGACUGGCUUCUCGACGCCUUCCACGCCCAAUUCGUGGUCUUACCCGCUGCAAAAUCGCCAGUGCCUCACGCGCAAGGACUUGUCGUGUGCGUCAAGGGCCGAGAGAAUGACGAGCUGCGUCCUGUUUUCAGCUUCGUGGACCCGGGUGCCGGCAUGUUCGUGUGGUGCAAGUUUUACUUUGACGGCGUUCAACGGUUUGCGGAGAUCGAGAGUUCAGCUACCAGCAAUGAUCCGGAACAAAUGUUCGCCGACGAUCUGUGGAAAGCCUGGGCUAGUGAGUUGGUGCUUUUGACGCCGGGCUCAUAUUACCAUGCUUGGCAAGGGGCCGACAAGAUGACGACCGAAGCCCGCGGAGCUGAUCCGCGCACGGCGCAUUUCCGGUUCUCAUUCGCAACACCGACAAAGCAGCAAAUUGACAGUGGUGUGGAACGCCUUUUCAAGGUCGUGGCGAGCUAUUGGCGGUGA